CCUUGAUCACCAGAGGCAAAGAAAUUACCUUAGCCUUCAUCUUCCAACCGCGUUGCUCGGUUGGAUAUGGCUGCAGCGAAGUCUCUCCGCCUCUUCGCGCUCGCCAUCGCCGUCCUCGCCGCCGUCGCCUUUCCGGCGUCAGCAACCCGCCGGCAGGGGAAGCGGUACAGGGUCGGCGGCCCCGACGGGUGGCGCGUGCCGCCGCCGGAGGACAAGGAGAUGUACUACGUCAACUGGGCGUCGCCGAUCACCUUCUACGUCGAGGACUCCAUCGAGUUCGUGUACAGGAACGACACGGUGAUGAAGGUGGACAAGGUGGGCUACUACCACUGCAACGAGACCGGCGCCGGCGCCGCGUCGCGCGACGGCAGCAUGCUCUUCCUCCUCGACGCGCCGGGGUACGCCUACUUCGCCAGCGCCGACCUUGACCACUGCAAGAUGGGGGAGAGGCUCAUGAUCAACGUCCUCGCCGUGGAUCAGCCGCCCGCGCCGUCCCCGUCGUGGUCGCCGCCGUCACCGCUGCAACAGGCGCCGGCGCCGGCGCCAUCAUCGUGGAUGAUGUCGCCGUCGUCCGCGCGGGCAACCGACCCGUCCGUGGCGUCGCCGUCCGCUCAUGCCAUGACUGCCAUCAUGCUCGUGCCUGUCACAUUGGCGCUGGUUGCAUUGAUUUGA